AUGAGUACUUAUUCGCUGUUCAUCGAAGCCCUAAGGCCCCUGUACACAUUGGGCCAAAGCGUUUGCAUUCGCGCUGGCUGUCAAAGUGGAAAGAGGCGGAAGAUUUUCUCGCUGGCGCUGACCUCGCCCCUGGCGGCCGUCCUUUGCCAGGAUGCGGACAUUUCAUUCGCGGCCAUCAAUAAGGCCCAAAGUCUCCAGACGACCACAGAAAGCGACGAUGACCUGAACCUAGAUCCAGUUUCCGAAGACACUAAAAGCGUUGACGAAUGCAUAAAGGAAGGUGGACAGAGUGGAGUGUGCGUCACCUACUACCUCUGCGACAUGGAACAUAAGAUGAUCAUAGAAGAUGGCUACACUCUCAUCGACUCCAGGUUGCAUCAUUUACUUUUA